AUGGCUGACCCCCUCCUCGCCGAGCGCCCGCAGCCGCCGUCCGGCCAAACUUCGGCCGCGGAGCCCGCCCCGGCCAGCCGGGAGCCGGGCGAGAGGUGGCCAGCGAGAGGAGCCGAGCAGCAGGCUGGCAGCCCGCGGGCGGAGGAGAGCGCGUGUCGGGCUUCCCCGCCCGCCGGGGCAUGCCAGGGCGAGGGCCGCCCGGAGGGAGGCGGCGAGGAGGCGGAGGGCGGAGAAUGGGCAGCCGGGGAGGGGCAGCCUCCCGCGGAUGGACAAAGAGCCGGGCCCCAGCCGGCCCCGCAGUGCCAGGGCUAUGCCGGGCCGGGGGGCCACAGGUACCGGCCCUCUGUCGGGGGAGAGGAGGAAUGGCGGCAGCGGCAGCUGGGCAAGAAGAAGCACCGGCGGCGCCCCUCCAAGAAGAAGCGGCACUGGAAGCCCUAUUACAAGCUCACCUGGGAGGAGAAGAAGUUGUUUGAUGAGAAGCAAAGCCAGCGGGCUUCCAGGCUCCGGGCAGAGAUGUUCGCCAAGGGGCAGCCAGUGGCUCCUUACAACACCACCCAGUUCCUGAUGGAGGAUCAUGAUCAGGAGGAGCCGGAUCUGAAGACUGGCCUUUACCCCAAGAAGGCUGCAGCCAAGUCAGAUGAUACCAGCGAGGAAGACUUCCUGGAGGAGGCAGCAGACGAGGACGGGGGCAGCGACGGGAUGGGAGGCGACGGCAGUGAGUUUCUCCAGAGGGAUUUCUCAGAGACUUACGAGAGAUACCAUGUGGAAAGCCUGCAGAACAUGAGCAAGCAGGAGCUGAUCAAGGAGUACUUGGAGCUGGAAAAAUGCCUUUCCAGGAUGGAAGAUGAGAACAACAGGCUGAGGAUGGAAAGCAAAAACUAUGGGGGGGACUCUGCAGAGGAUCCUAGGGUAAGAGAACUAGAGCUGGAACUGGACAGGUUGAGAGCUGAGAACCUGAAGCUGUUGAAAGAGAAUGAACUUCACAGACAACAGGAGAAAUCUCUUUCCAAGUUUGGAGAGUGAAACUUUAGGGGGUGGGUGGGGGUGGGACUUUUUACAUUGAUGGAAUGUAACAUUAUAUACAUGUGUAUAUAAAAGACAGUGGAUCCUUUUUAUGAUACAUAAUCAGAAUAAACCACAGCCUUGUAUUGUUUUUGAAGCUAUA